UGACGUUUCGGAUCCAUGGGCCUGAACAGGGCCCAUCUAAUUGGAAUUCCAGUCCAGUCCAGUCCACGAAGGCUCCACCCCCUCCGAGUCCGCGGCUUGCGGGUCGUCGCGGCGGCAAAGCUGAGAGAGGGUGGCGGUGGCGCCAUGGAUGGGCAGUGGGAGGAGCCGCAGCACGCGGGGCGGCGGCGGCGGCAGCCGGAGCCCGGGAAGAACCUCAUCAAGAUCCCUUCCUACCAGGAGGUGUUCGGGAGUGGCGCCUCAUCCUCCGCCGCGCCGCCCUCCUACAACCCUCCACCCACCACCGCCGCCUCCUCCUCCUCCUCCUCGUCGUCGUUUUCGCAGGCCUUCUCCUUCCUCAAAUCCACCGAGUUCUACUCCCCGCCACCGCCGCCACCACAGACGACCACCCCAAGACCGCCUCAGGCUAGCUCAGCUGCUCAGGCGCCAAAGAACGCCAUUCUUGUGAGCCAUAGGCAGAAAGGGAAUCCCUUACUGAAGCACAUCAGGAACGCGAGGUGGACGUACGCCGAUAUAGUGCCGGACUACGUGCUCGGGCAAUCGUCAUGCGCACUGUACAUAAGUCUCCGGUACCAUCUUCUACACCCUGACUACUUGUAUUAUCGGAUAAGAGAGUUGCAGAAGAAUUUCAAGCUCCGCGUCAUUUUGUGCCAUAUUGAUGUUGAAGAUGUCGUCAAACCUUUACAUGAAGUUACAAGAACAUCACUGCUACAUGACUGCACCCUCUUGUGUGGAUGGAGCCUGGAGGAGUGUGGUCGGUACUUGGAGACCAUUAAAGUGUACGAAAACAAGUCAGCUGACAGCAUUCGUGAACAUAUGGAUAAUGACUAUUUAUCAAGGUUGACGCAUGCUCUUACAUCCAUUCGGCAUGUUAACAAGACAGAUGUUGUGACGCUUGGCUCAUCUUUUGGGUCACUUUCACAAGUUAUGAAUGCUUCUAUGGAAGAACUAGCUCGAUGCCCAGGAAUUGGUGAGCGGAAGGUAAAACGACUUCAUGACACUUUCCACGAGCCAUUCAAACGGGUUUCCAGCCGCCCAAACAUUGUAGUGCCUGACACUCCUGACAGAGAGAAGGCGUCAGGCCAACCUUCAUCGACAAAUGAUGGUGCACAGGAUGCUGUGGAGAAGCCAGACGCAUCCGUGAACAAGAAGAGUUCUAAUGUAAGAUCAGCCCUUACUGAAGCCUUUGCCAAGUAUUCAGAAAAGAUACGCAACCAGAAUCGUGAUUCAACAAAUGUGGCUGGUGAAGGUACUAGCAAGUCAACUAUGGGAGAUGAAAAAGACCAAUAAUUAGAUUAGGGGUAGCUUGGUAGGAGGUCCAUGACAGUUGAGAACAAAAGGAGUAAGAAGAAACUAGCUGAGAUUCAAUUGACCUAUAAAGCUACCAGUUCAACUAAAGGAAGUAGCUUACGGACUUAAGGCUGCUAGGGACUCUGGGGCCAGAAGAUGCUUUUCCCGCAUUCCUGUUUAUGCAGAUCAGACGAGAAGGGCUAUCUCUUUACUAGAAUCCGAUAUGAUAGAAGGAGCAGCUCUAGCUUAAGCCUAAGUUGAUCCUUACUGUUCAAGAUGUCUACAACACAGUAAGGUAGGCGAAGCUACUAGUUUACUUGCUUGAAAAAGGCAACCUUAGCUGAUUCACAUUACCUCUUGUUAUUUCAAUCCUUCCAUGUCCCCCAUCAAAGCAGCUACAAUGAGUAAGGAAGUUAGCAGAUGAAAAAUACCAAUAAUUAGAUUAGCGGUAGCUUGGUAGGAGGUCCAUGACAGUCCAAAAUGCUGAGUUCAAAUGUAAUGUCCCCGGUUUGGUAAUGGUUGUUGUAGCUGCAGCUUUUUCUGUAUUUUUCCGUGUAAUUUGCUCCAAAGAGAGACAGGAACACCGCCAAUUUUAUUAGCAAGGAUGAGUUUCAAAACAUGUUCACGUCCAGACUUUUUUACCUUGUAAGUUGUAAUAUAGAGACUAUGAAGACCUUUUCCGAACA